CACACCACCCACGACCUCUAUCCAACUCUGACAUAACUCGCACUACCCGUUUCUAUCGCACCUACCACCACCUCAUCGCAAACACAUAGCCCGCCUGCCCUCUCGCGACCCCGGCCAAAGGCAGCCCGUACUGCAAACAUGCCCAGCGCCACGGGCAGCAGCUGGGAGAAGUACCAGAAGAACUUCGCCGACGAUGAGGUGGAAGAGAAGAAGAUCACUCCUCUCACCGAUGAAGACAUCCAGGUCCUGAAAACGUAUGGCGCAGCGCCCUACGGUGCUGAGCUCAAGAAGCUCGAGAAGGAGAUCAAGGACAAGCAGCAAACGAUCAACGAAAAGAUCGGGGUCAAGGAAUCAGAUACCGGCCUCGCGCCUCCACAUCUCUGGGAUAUCGCCGCCGACCGACAACGAAUGCAAGAAGAGCAACCCCUCCAAGUCGCACGUUGCACCAAGAUAAUACAGGACGACAAGGACCCCGAGAAGAGCAAAUAUGUCAUCAACGUCAAGCAGAUUGCCAAGUUCGUCGUCAACCUCGGAGAGCGCGUCUCACCAACGGAUAUCGAAGAGGGCAUGCGAGUAGGUGUUGACAGGAACAAGUACCAGAUCCUACUUCCUCUGCCGCCCAAAAUUGACCCUUCGGUUACCAUGAUGACGGUCGAGGACAAGCCCGAUGUCACCUACGGAGAUGUCGGAGGCUGCAAAGAGCAAAUCGAAAAACUGCGGGAGGUCGUCGAAAUGCCCUUGCUAUCACCAGAACGCUUCGUCAACCUCGGCAUCGAUCCCCCGAAGGGUGCUUUGCUCUACGGCCCUCCAGGCACCGGAAAGACACUGUGCGCCCGAGCCGUUGCCAAUCGAACAGAUGCCACCUUCAUCCGAGUCAUCGGUUCAGAACUAGUACAGAAGUAUGUCGGUGAGGGAGCGCGAAUGGUGCGAGAGCUAUUCGAGAUGGCACGGACAAAGAAGGCGUGUAUCAUCUUCUUCGACGAAAUUGAUGCUGUUGGCGGCGCCCGUUUCGAUGAUGGUGCUGGAGGCGACAACGAGGUUCAGCGUACCAUGUUGGAGUUAAUCACACAACUCGACGGCUUUGAUGCCCGCGGCAACAUCAAGGUCAUGUUUGCUACGAACAGACCUUCCACACUCGACCCUGCACUCAUGCGUCCAGGACGUAUUGAUCGAAAGAUUGAAUUCUCGUUACCGGACAUGGAGGGUCGUGCCAACAUUCUUCGCAUCCACGCAAAGAGUAUGAGUGUCGAACGUGAUAUUCGUUGGGAGCUUAUUUCUCGUCUGUGCCCGAAUAGCACAGGUGCUGAGCUGAGGAGUGUGGCAACAGAGGCUGGCAUGUUCGCCGUGAGGCAGCGCCGCAAAGUCGCGACGGAAAAGGACUUUCUCGCCGCUGUGGACAAGGUGAUCAAAGCCAACAUGAAGUUCAACAGCACUGCAGUGUAUGCUCAGUACAAUUAAGGAGGUGGAGCUUACCCGGAUCGUUCUUCCCACAGGUGCAUAGAGGGCCGUGGGAGUUGGCAGGUGCGACCUGCUGCUCUGCCCACCUUCUACGCAGGCCAAGCAACAAAUGUCAUUAUGCACUUUCCAAGGUUCCUUCCAUGUUGCAAGCUUGUACCUUUCGCGUCACACGUUCUGUGCGCUCUGCUUAUUCUGCUCCUUGUAUUCGUCACUGUCGAAGCUGUUCAUGAUGUCUGAUGCCGAAUUCUUUGCGAUGCUUUGCGAUGUGCAGCUUCAGACAGACCGUACUGCAACGCCUGAAACACGCA